AUGACGCGAUGGACGCCAGCGGAUUCAAUGUUUCAACUAUUACAACGGGUGUCCGUUGGAAUUCUCGGUGGUGUGGAGUAUGUGUUUCACCAUUGCAUAUCCAUGUUUGCUAUCAUACUGGCUGUCACUAGCGGGCAAAGCCAGUUCUACAUAUUCAUGGUUCUCCUCUCCGAAGCCACAACUCCAUUUGUCAAUCUACGCUGGUACCUGGAUACUAGUGGUCAGAAAAGCUCCAAGCUUUACACGUGCAACGGGAUUGCCCUGUUCUUGGGUUGGCUGGUGGCAAGGGUCCUUCUGUUCAUCUACUUUUUUGUUCAUAUGUUCCUCCACUUCGAUCAGGUGAAGCAAGUAUUCCCGCUCGGGUUUUACAGCUUGCUGACGAUACCACCGGCGCUGGGAGUGAUGAAUCUGCUAUGGUUUUGGAAGAUCACAAAAGGGUUGAUCAAGACGCUGUCCAAAGCCAGACGCCGUGAAUGAGAUCAGGGUUGUGAUUGGACAGUUGCAGUUGUUGUCUGGUUAUAUGGUACCAACUGUUAUUUUACUUUGGAUCCCACGGUCGAGAGGGACAUGAACGAAUUCCCCAUGCCGUGGAAAAGCUGUAAAAUGGAAUACAAAAAUUGAUCAUAGUUUUCUCCUUGUUCUUUUAAAUUGCUCCUGAAUGUGAUGGGCUUUUUGGACUUUGGAUUUAGAAAUAAAUGGGCCUUUUAUA